CAUUCAUUGCGGGAAGCUUAAGAUAACCAACAUGUCGGACACAGGCAAACGACCGUACUACGAUUAUAUAGUUAUUGGUUGUGGGGGCAUUGGAAGCGGCGCUGUCUACUGGCUCUCGAAAAGAUCACGAUCUGUUUUGGGCCUAGAGCAGUUCAAGCUUGGUCAUGAUAAUGGGGGUUCACAAGACCACUCAAGGAUCAUCCGGCUGACGUAUCAUGAGGACAAAUACACCAGGCUGACUCCACACACGUUCCCAGCGUGGGAGUCAGUAGAGAAGGAUUCUGGUCUGCAGGUGGUGUUCAAGACACCCAGUCUCCAGCUCGCCAGACGAGGGGAGGCUGACCAUAUUAUGAACGUGUACGCCGAGUCGAUGGACAGAACCAAUAUAAAGUACCAGAAGCUUAACAACAAACAGGUGAUGGAGCGGUAUCCACAGUUCCGUGUUGGUCCUGACAUCGUCGGGCUGCUGCAAGAGAACGCCGGCAUCGUGGACGCUGCUCUCGCCAAUGCGGUCCACAUCCAAUUGGCCCGCGGGAAUGGGGCUACAGUCUUGGAAAAUUGUCCGGCGACGAGGAUAGGUCGGGCCAGCAAUGGCAACGUUGUGGUGUACACAACGAAAGGCUCCUUCGAGUGCAAGAAGAUUGUUAUCACUGCUGGAGGCUGGCUCAACUCAGUGCUGGGAACCAUCGGAGUCCACAUACCAGUCACCGUCACCCAGGAGCAAGUGUCGUACCUUGGCACACCCCACAUGAAGGACUUUACCAUAGAUAAGUUCCCUGUGUGGUAUUACCAUCUCCCUACCUACGACAUCUACUCCCUCCCCAUCCACGGCAACUCGGGGACGAAGAUCGGAAUAGAUGCAGGGGGCCCGGCUGUUACUGCCAACACCAGGACCUUUGACCCCGACCCUGCCAGAGAGAAAGUCUGUACUGACCUUGUAAAAGACAUCUGUCCAAAGUUUGAUGGCCCUCUGCUCUAUACAAAAACAUGUCUUUACACCAUGCCUCCCGACCGGAGCUUCGUCAUCGACACAUGCGCUUACAAGGGGUACCCGGAUGUAAUUGUUUGCUGUGGGGCUGGACACGCUUUCAAAUUCUCUAGCCUGUUCGGCAAGAUCCUCAGUGAGAUGGCAUUAGACGGCAAAACACAAUACCCUAUCGAGGAAUUUAACAUCCUCAGAGAUGCAAUCCAAAACCCGAAUGUAAAGAACAUUUUCUACUUGGGAUCCGACGUUGAAGCCAAGUUAUAACCCUUCAAGUCUUCGGUUAUUCUGUCUUCCAAAGGAGCUGGUGUAUGGAGGUGACAAGUGGACUUUAUUAAGAUCGUUGUGUUAUGGUUUUCUGCCCUGAACUUUCUACUGAAUGAAUAAAAUGUAACACUGACGUUUAUGUACAUGAAUGAAUAUACGUAAAACACCAAGAACAUGUAGCUUGUGUAGAUAUUAAUGAUUUAUAUACGUGAAACAGCAAGAACGUGUACCUUGUGUAGAUAUUACUAAUUUAUAUACGUGAAACACCAAGACCAUGUACCUUGUGUAGAUGUUACUAAUUUAUAUACGUGAAACACCAAGAACUUGUACCUUGUAUAGAUAUUACUGACUCAUGUGUCCUCAGCUUACUGUGACAUGUAUUAAGGCUAAUACAUUUCUACGAUAUAAAAGCUUUUUGUCUA